AUGCUCAACAGUGCGCAGGCCAUAGCUCCUGAUAUGCUAUGGGAGCUCUACUGCCAGGCCCUCGAUGAGCGCCCCUACGUGUGUGCAGAUGGCUCGGUGCGGCACCCUCAGCGCCUCUCGCCGGCCGACCACCAGCGCGUCCUCCAGGCGCUGGUGCCGCCCCGCCGCACGUACGUGGUGUACCUGCAGACGCGUGACCGGGUGCGCAAGGUGCGUGACGACGCGCACCUCGAUGAGCAGGUGCUCGACGCGCUCCCGGCGGACGCGCGUGUGAUUGACUUGUCGACGCCGCAGGCCCUGGCGCCUCCGCCGCCGGUGCGCGGCAUGGGCGGGCGCGUGGCCCAGACGCUGACGACGCGCGUACGCACUGUGCUUGCGCAGAUCCCGAUGGAGCAUCGUACGACGGGUGCGUACAAUCGCGUGCUGGCGGUGCUCGCGCUGGGCGGGCGCUAUAAAAACAUGCGCCUUCUGUGGGACGAUAUGGUCGCUGCACGCUCGGCGGGGCAUGCACAGGCCGCGCCGAACCAGGCGACAUGCCACCACAUGAUCAUGGGUCUCGUGCGCAACUACGAGCAAAAGUUGACGCGCUACAAGAAAAAGUACCGGCGUGAGCUGCUUGCGCCGGCGCACCAGCGCCACAAGGUCAAGCACCGGCUCGAGGCCGCCGAGCACGUCCAGGCAUCGGCGGACCUGGCGGCGAGCACGGUCAGCAUGCUCCUCGUCGACAUCUAUGUGCAGGGCACCGUCCCGCGAGUGCUGACGCUGGACCUGGCGGCGCGCCUUUUGCGGGCGACGGGCAAGCUGCCGGAGCUGCUCAACCUGCUGCGCUCUGGCUUCGGCAUUGACCUCGAGAAUCCAGAUACGGCGGCGCCCGCGCUGUGUGCGCCGACGACGCAUACCCUCAACACGGUGCUGAUGGCGCUCGGUGAGCUGGCGCGAGCACCUGACAUGGCUGUGGCCUACGAGCAGAUGACGCGUGCGCUCCCCGGCGACGAGGACCACCGCGCCGUGCUUCCGAACAGCACGACAUUCAAGCUGCUGAUCCGCCACGCCAUGUCGGUGCCCGACACGCUGCUCGUGUCGAAUGCGUCGAUCCAGGCGCCGCGCUCGCUCCUCUCGCGCCUCUCGAGCGGCCCACAGAGCACGCCCACGAUGGGGAUCCGCACGAACGAGCAGCGCGAUCAGGAGAUGCUCGCGCGCAGCCGCGGCAAGUACCGCGCGCUCGCGCGCGCCUACUUGGACGAGGCCCUCGACAUGUAUGCGGCGCAGCUUGAGCAGAUGGCCGCGCUCCUGGGCGUGCCCCGGCCUCCUGCGCUGCAUGCGAGUCUCGACGAGGUGCAUGCACGCGCGUGUGCGCGCCGCGCUAGCGAGGGCGACGCGCCGUGGCCGGACGAGGCCGCGCCGACCGACGCACCUGCCUUGGAGCGCCCCGUCUUUUUGCCGCCGCGCGUGCGCCCCAGUGUGCCGCUCCUGCGGCCGCUCCUUGCGGCUGCACAGCAGCAGCGGUCGACCGGGCAGCUCGUGUGGCUGCAGCAGCGCGCGGACCGCGCUGGCGCUUUGCUCGCGGCCGAGCUAGCCAUCCUGUCGCGUGCCCAGGCAUCGCUGGCCGCCCCGCACGCGGCGCUGCAGCCCACGCUGCGCGCGCAUACCGACCGCUGUGGGAGGGCAUCGUAG